AGCAUGCCACAGGACCCUUUUUCCGGGUCUUCCUGUCAGGUUACCUGUCAGGAGGCUAUUUUUUACGAAAUUCGGACGGCGUCAACUUAUCACGCAGGCUAAAGGUGAUGAGGUUCUUUUGUUUACCCCUCGGACGUUUCUCGCUUGGAUAGACUUUCCCAGUCUCCGACUUUGCUGCGAAAAAGAGCUGGGUCGUGUCUCGAUGCUUGCCAAAGAGAAGUAGAGACAGAGAAAGAGAUGUCCAUGUAUGCAACCCUACCCGGCGAUGCUCUACUUGCUUCGACCCAAUGAGAUGAAGUUGGAAAAGAAGGGGUGGUGGUCUGGCCUCUUGAACCCUUCUUUCCCUUUCCCACCUCUGAAAUCUGGGCGGCGACUGCAGCAAAGCGUGACUUUUGUCGAGAUCUACCUAAGCUUCGCUGAAGAUGGUGAGAGAUUCUCGGUCUCUGACGCGGACGACUCUUGCUUGCGCAUCUGUGGGCAUCCCAUUCAUAUCAGAAGUCACACCUCUCCCCUCUCUCCACCCUUCGAGAUGUGCGUCCUCUCCAGGAGGAAAAUCGAUUCGCUGAUCCGCGACAUCGGACGACGUUUCUUGCCAUCUGUGGGUAGUGGUAGUGGUAAUCUCUCUACCAUCGCCACACCUUCUUUCAAGGUCCAAACUGGAAUUAGAAAUUCUGGGCCUUUCUCUCUUUGCGUGUGUGUUGUGUCCAUCAGAUAUCGAUGUCUAGACCUCGAGACCGGCCCCAGGAUCCUUUUUCGCCCCUCCUCUCCCCCGUUGCCUUUGCCGGCCCGCAAACGGGGCUCGGGUGCGUCACAAUGGCACGCAAGAUCGCCGCUCCCCUGAUAAUAAUGGCCUCGCUGUUGUUGUGGUUUUUGGGUUCAUGUCCCGAUGUUGGAUGGAUCCAGAGGAACCUCAAAGUGAAGCGGCAACUGCAUGUUAGGUUUCAUGUCUUGGCUGUAACUGUCAACUUUCACAAGCAUGAAGAAUUACAAAAAAAACAAGCAAGCAAGCAGUGGCAGUACCGGCCGGAGUGGACCAAGCUCUUGGUGGAAAUCCCACCCGGUGUUACCGUGGAUGUUGGAAAGAAAAAGAGGACAUCCAAUAAUACGGAUAUGCAUGGGAAAGCCAAGUCGGCGGCUCUGUAA